AUGUAAAAACUGGAUAAUAAAACUUGCUUUUUAUACAAUUAAAUUGGUGAUGAAGGUACAUCAGGCUUAGGUUCUGCUUUAGUAAAUUGCAUUAAUCUCUCAAAUUUGACACUUGACCUUGAAUAAAAUUCAAUUGGUAAUGAAGGUGUAUCAGGCUUAGGUUCUGGUUUAGCAAACUGCAUUAAUCUCUCAAAUUUGAACCUUGACAUUUCAUAAAAUUCAAUUGGUGAUGAAGGUAUAUCAGGCUUAGGUUCUGGUUUAGCAAACUGCAUUAAUCUCUCAAAUUUGACACUUAAAAUUUCAUAAAAUUAAAUUGGUGCAAAGGGUGCAUCAGGCUUAGGUUCUGGUUUAGUAAACUGCAUUAAUCUCUCAAAUUUGACACUUAACCUUUCUAGCAAUAAAAUUGAUGAUCAAGGUGUAUCAGGCUUAUGUUUUGGUUUAGCAAAUUGCAUUAAUCUCUCAAAUUUGAUACUUAAUCUUAAUCGCAAUUAAAUUGGUGAUGAAGCUCCAUCAGUCUUAGGUUGUACUUUAGCAAAUUGCAUUAAUCUCUCAAAUUUGACACUUUUGCUAGGAUAUAAUUAAAUUGGUGCAAUUGGUUCGUCAGGCUUAGGUUCUGCUUUAGCAAAUUGCAUUAAUCUCUCAAAAUUGACACUUCAUCUUUAUUGGAAUAAAAUUGGUGAUGAGGGUGCAUCAGGCUUAGUUUCUGGUUUGGCAAAUUGCAUUAAUCUCUCAAAUUUGACACUUGACCUUACAUACAAUUCAAUUGGUGUAAUGGGUGCAUCAGGCUUAGGUUCUGGUUUAGCAAACUGCAUUAAUCUCUCAAAUUUGAAACUUACCCUUUCCUCAUUGAAUUAAUCAUAAAAAUUCAAAGUAAUAAGCAAGUGCCAUAAAUCAAAAAGAUUGGUUGUAUUUAAAAAAGAAUUCAGGUGA